GUGGAGGGCCGUUGUUGUCGGUGUCUCGCGCACACAGUGUCCUGGUAGCCGGCGACAGCGGCGCUCUGGAUCAACACCUCAGCGGAGUGGCGGUGCGUGAGUAGGCAGCAUCAACAGCGAUGGCUGGGAUGGACAACUUAUCGUACGAGAUGCUGCUCUCCAUCUUUUCCUUCCUGCCCGUCCCAGACUUGGUGCGGUGCGCUGCAGUGUCCGAGCGGUGGCACGAAAUUGUGACGGGCUUCACACACCUGUGGAAGGGCAAGACGUACACCACGAACAGAAGACCGAGCGAAUCUGCAGAGACCCGUGCCAUCCUGCGCAUCCUGCCACCGCUGCAGCACCUGAUCAUCGAGCUGGCUGACGAGUUUAAAAUCGAGUUUGCCUACCCACACAUGACGUUGUCAGUGACUGACAUGGGAGGCAUACAGGAGUUUCCGAAACUGACGUGUGACUUUUUGCUGGCGAGAGGAGACAUCAUGAGUAACAUCCUGUCCUCUGAAUCGUCUGUAGACUUAGCGGCACUACGGAAGCUGCAAAUCCUCAGGGUGCCGCCAGUCAAUGUAGCGGACCCUCCUGUCUUCAGAGCGGAAGACGUGAUCAAGUCUGCUCUGCAGCAGUGCCCGAAUCUCAGAGGGCUGUUCAUUUGCGCAGACCAUAUGUCGGCGGACUACCUCGACACACUGGAGGGAUUCCACAAGUUGCAGACUCUUGAAAUUGUGUGCCCUGGACUGGAUAAACUGGCAUUCUUGCGGCACUGCUCAGAUUCGCUGGAGUUGCUGCGUCUCUGUUGCACCGGCUUGCCGACACAGGAGUACACGGAGCUGCGGCGGCUGGCGAACCUGCGGAGGCUGGGGCUGCACGAGUGCCAGGUGAUGGAGGGCGAGCUGCGGCUGGUCCUGGAGGCGCUCGGGUCGCUGGAGGCGCUCCAGCUGGACCGUUGCGGCCUGGUCCGCGACCUGUCCCUGCUGUGGCGCUGCGCCACCCUGCGCCAGCUGCGCCUCACGCUGCCGCCCAUCGCGGGCGCCCCGCUGGUGCUGAGGGACCCUCGCCUGCAGGGGCAGCAGCAGAACCCGCGCAUGCGCAUGUCGGUGGACGCCGACCCGGUGACGCUGCGCCUGCGCAACGUCAACGUGAACGUGGAAGGGAUGGCGACCGCGCUGCCGCUGCUGCAGGCCCUGGGCGUCGACGCCGGCAGCCUGGACCAGCUGGCCAUCCUGCGGCGCUGCCCGCAGCUGAGCCACCUCUGCCUCAACUUCCUGGUCGGUACAGACGAGCCCCAACAGUCGACCGUGUGGGUCCAUAUAAAGUUGAGUUCUCCGUAA